AUGAAGGUCGCAAUUGUAGGAGCCACCGGUGAAACGGGACAGUCCAUCGUGAAUGGCCUCCUCGAGUCGCCAGCGAAAUUUGAGAUCACGGCGCUCGUCCGUGCCGCGUCUCUCCAAAAGCCAGCCAGCCAGAAGCUCCAGGAACUUGGUGUCCGCCUCGUCGCCACUGACAUCUCCGGACCCAGAGACACUCUGGUGGCAACGCUCACCAGCAUUGACGUGAAAGAGGAUGUUUUGGACCAUGUCAAGAAGAUAUGGCUCCCUUUCACCGCCAUUGAUGUCGGCUGGUGGUUCCAGAUCAGCACACCGAGGCUGCCCUCGGGCCGGUUCGACUACGCCCUCAGUGCGCCCAUGGACGGGAUCGUAGACGGUGGGGGCGUUGCUAUCGCGAUCACCCACUUGAGGGACGUGGGCAGAUAUGUGGCCCGCAUCAUCAGCGAUGAUCGAACUCUGAACAGAUCCAUCUUCGCUUAUAGCGAAGUCAAGACCCAGUGUCAGGUCUUCGAUGCUGUCGAAGCCAAGACUGGUGAAGCGCCAGAGCGCAAGAUGAUCCCUGCCGAAGAUGUUGUCUCAAAGGCGAACGAAGCCGAGCAGAAGGUCAAAGCGGGAUCCAAGGAGAUGAGUGACCUGGUGUCGCUCUGGACGUGGCAGUACAGGCUUUCGUGGGGCGUCCGUGGCGACAACAACCCCGAAUACGCAAAGUACCUCGGAUACCUCGACGGAAAGGAGCUAUACCCUGACUUUGAGUUCACCACGUUUGACCAGUACCUUGACGAGCUGCUUGAAGGGAAGGGCAGCAAGGUGUACGCUUAUUAUGACAGCCCAACAUGUAUCAGCACCUGA